AUGUUUGAUCCACAUCGCCAUCAUCCGAUGAAAGAUACGGCUGAUCACGCAGAUUCUCGAGUUCUCCCAUCGCGGGAUAUAACCGAGGAGACUAUUGACGAUGCCUAUGUUUCCUUUAUUUUGUAUUGCAAUCCUAAUGUUCCCUCUUCUGUGGAUACAUCAGAGCUUCGAAAAACAUUUCGUUGUUUACCACGAAGUGAUGGUAAAAGUUUCAAUAUCUUUACUCUAUUUGGGCUCAUUCGACGACGACUUCAAAAUGACGAGAUGAAAACCUGGAUUCAACUAGCCAUGGAGCUUGGCGUUGAACCACCCUGCAUGGAAAAAAAACAGAGUUCUCAAAAGGUUCAACAGUACACUGUCAGACUAAAGCGCUGGAUGCGUGCUAUGCACAUUGAUGCAUUCUUUGAAUAUUGCCUAGGUAUGCCUCAUAACUACUACACACAGCUGCCGCCAUCUGGUCCUUUCGUUGGUGAUCCGCGUGACGGUGUGGCAUUGGAGGAGGAUCUUGCUCUCAGGGCACUUGUGCCUCAAUGGAAGCCAAAGCGAGGACGCAAACGGGUCGAAGACAGAGACGAGGAAGACAAGAUACCGAAACGCCCUCAGUUGGAUACAUCAGUGGGCGGUCUUCACCAGAGCAGCUUUCCAUCUCAUUCUGUGACCUUCCCUCAGAGUGCCAUUCCGUUCAGUGCAUUCCCCGAUGAUAUGGAAUCGCACGAUCCAUGGAUGACGGCAACCACGUCCUUCCCAAAUGGCAAUGGUCAGGAGCAGCAAGGUCAAGACAUACGCUGGCGAUUACCAGAGCGAGACGCAUCUCCAGCCAACUACCCUCAAUCUGCUAUCGUCCCUCGAAGUCACCUUCCAUCAGAUGUUCUCAUGUCUGCGGAGCCGCAAUCAGCCGUCACCCCCUCUACUGGAGGAAAGGCUCGGGCUAGGAGGCGUCAUGGUCCCGCGGUGUCUUCUGCUUGGCCGAACAGCAACGGAAUGUCCGGUGGGAAAAGUCGAGGGAGACCACCGAAUAAAGGAUCAUCAUCGGGCUCCUUCACCACUUUCCAAGUAAAUCCUAGCCGGGAAUCAUCACAAGCACCUACCACCGACACACAAUCCACCCCGCUUGUGCUUGAUACACAUCCUCCACAACCAUUCCAGACCCCGACUUACAAUCAAACACCAACGCCUGUUGCACAAGGAAGACCCAGCAAACUACAACUACAGGUUCCUCAACACUCCGGCGCCCCUGUACGUCUUGCUACCCCUCCAAGGCUGGUUGUCAAUGGCGUGAACGGUGCAGUCAUCCCCGGAGCUGGAAAUGAAACCCCGAACGGCUCUCAUCACCAUGGUCACGACGACACUGAACGAAACGCUAUCAUGCCUUCAAAACCUUCAUCUCUCGGGCACGACAAUGCAACAAAUCCUCCAAACCCCACUAUCGAAGAUAUAGUCCGCGCUCUGACCGAAGAGCUUAUACACGCUAGAAUAGUAGGGCACCCAAACACCAUCCACACCGACGAGGCUGCCGCCCUAGCCUCGGCAAUCGUGAUCAACGUAUCCUCGAUAUACUCCCAGUUCCAGCUCGGCACCCCAACUUUACUUCUGGCCUUCCAUCUUGGCAUCGGUCAUCAUUUUGGGUUCACAGGUACCCAGCCAGGAUCACUAGUGAUCAAAGUGGAACGUGCCGCCAAUCCCGACGGAAGCCGAGGCCCCAUGGCCAAUGGCCACCCCGCUGGCUCUCAAUAUACCGUCUCUCACGAGUAUCAGGCCUCAAACAGCUUCUCAAUGCAGAUCACACUUGCCAAUAUCAAUCCCGGGAUAGGAGCAACGGGCUCUUCGGCUCAUUCGAAUACUGUCAAAGCCCCACUCCACGCAAUCAAUCGAAGUGUUCAUGCUGCAGACCUUGAGCUUGACAAUGAUGAGUUCGGUGAGCCUGCUACCGAAGCAACGUGGAAACAACGAUACACACGGCUUCGCGCUCAAAUGCAGAAAAGGGAUCAAUCGCUUUCGCAAUAUAAACGGAAGAUAGUAGAAUCCGUCAUGGCUGAUAUAUGA